CCCGCCUCACUCACCAUGUGCCAGUGGGGGCCCGGCUCCUCCCCGGCGGGGCUGGGCCGGGGGCGGCUGCUCGGGGCCUGGCGGCGGCUCUCGCUCAGUUGUCAUGGAGGAGGCAAGAUGGCGGCGCAGGCCUACGCCAUGGGCAAGCGGGAGAUCAACCAGCACUUCAACCUCAGCAACGCCAAGCUGCUGGCGCUCGGCGCCGUCAUCAUCCUCUCCGCCUGCCAUGCCGUGCACAGGCACUACGGAGGUGGGGAUACCUGUGAGCGGCUCCUCAGUGGUCGCUUCCUUGGUGAAAAUGUGUGGCAGCCCGAUGGCUGCAUGAUGCACAAAUACAAAAUCAGUGAAGCAAAGAGCUGUCUUACGAAACAAUACGUAGCAUUUGUAGGAGAUUCCAGAAUUCGACAGUUGUUCUACUCGUUCAUUAAAAUUAUAAAUUCCAGUACGAAAGAAGGAACCAAGCAUGAAAACAUUUCCUUUGAAGAUCGAAGUGCUUCAUUAAAAGUUGAUUUUCUGUGGUAUCCCGAAGUAAACAACUCUAUGAAGGACUGUUUUAAGGCCUGGACCGAGGUGCAAGAUAUCCAACCCAAACCCCAUAUUAUUGUGAUAGGCGCUGCUACGUGGUCAAUUAAGAUACAUAAUGGAAGUAAGGAAGCCCUCAACCAAUAUAAAAUCAAUCUUACAUCAAUUUUGCCUGUGUUGGAGAAGUUAUCAGAAACUCGUGAAGUUUAUUGGGUUCUGCAAGAUCCAGUCUAUGAAAACGUGCUGAGUGAGAACAGGAAGAUGAUCACAAAUCAGAGGAUUGCAUUAUACAAUAAGGCAGCUCUGAGCAUUUUGAACAGCAGUACCAGAAGUGCUGCAGCCAAGGUCAAAAUCUUGAGGGCUUCCAAACUGAUUGCAGAUGAAACUAUUGUAGCAUCUUUAGAUGGCUUGCAUUUACCUGAAACUACCAGAGAUAUUAGUGCUAUGAUUCUCAUGAACUCGUAUUGCAAUAGGAUUGUGAAACCCAUUGACGGUUCCUGCUGCCUUCCCCAGCCUCCUCUUUCUUUGAUUCAGCAAUUGACUGGCUGUUUUUUUGGUAUUUGUAUUAUUGGCUGCAUGGGGGUGAUGCUCUUUUACCACAAUGAACGGAAGAGUAAACCUAUCACUGAUGUUGAGAGUGGGGAAGAGAAAAAACCUGCCAAAGCUUCACCUUCACACUCCAAUCCAGAAAAAUUACUCUGGGCCCUCUCUAAAUUAGGCCUAAUCAUGGCCUAUUUCUAUCUUUGUGACCGAGCUAAUUUGUUCAUGAAAGAGCAGAAAUAUUACACACAUGCAACGUUCUUUGUGCCGCUGGUGCAUAUUUUUGUGCUGGGAAUAUUCUACAAUGAAAACACAAAAGAGACAACAAUGCUGAACAGAGAGCAAACUGAUGAAUGGAAGGGAUGGAUGCAACUAAUAAUACUGAUAUAUCAUAUAUCUGGAGCAAGUACAUUUGUACCCAUUUACAUGAAUGUGCGUGUUCUUGUGGCAGCAUAUCUGUUCCAGACGGGUUACGGGCACUUUUCUUACUUUUGGAAAAGUGGGGAAUAUGGAAUUUCUCGAAUUUGUCAGAUAUUAUUUCGCCUGAAUUUCCUGGUUGUGGUCCUGUGCCUAGUAAUGGAUCGACCCUAUCAAUUCUACUACUUCGUUCCAUUAGUAACCUUCUGGUUCAUUGUGAUUUAUGCAACACUAGGCAUUUGGCCGCAGACUGGCAAGAAAGACACAAAUGAUACCUGUUCCUCCCACUGGACAGUGAUGUUCAAGUUUCUUGGAUUAUUAUUAUGCAUUUGUCUUCUUGCAGCUUCUCAGAGCUAUUUUGAGAAGGCUUUUUCAGUUUGGCCAAUUUCGAAACUCUUUGAGUGGCAAGGCCUCCUUCACGAAUGGUGGUUUCGAUGGAAGCUCGAUCGCUUUGCAGUCUUACAUGGUAUGUUCUUUGCCUUCAUCUAUGGCAUAUUAAAGAAAGGACAUCUGCUUUCAGAAGGCAAAGGAGAGGCAUUAUUUACCCCCAAGAUAUCAUCUUUUCUCCUUUUUACUUCAAUAGUUGCAUUUUUGACCUAUUCAGUCUGGUGUGCCAGCUGUAGAAACAAAGCCGAAUGUAAUGAAGUCCACCCUUACUUCUCUGCGUUCCAGAUCUUAUCCUUCGUCCUAAUUCGGAAUAUUCCUGGAUAUCUUCGCUCUGUGUACAGUUCCUUUUUUGCCUGGUUUGGCAAGAUUUCUUUAGAAUUAUUUAUAUGCCAAUACCACAUCUGGCUUGCGGCAGACACCAAGGGAAUCCUCGUGCUCAUUCCUGGCAACCCAAUGCUCAACAUCAUUGUCAGCAGCUUCAUUUUUGUACUGGUAGCCCAUGAAAUUUCUCAGAUCACAAAUGAUGUUGUACAAAUAGCCAUUCCUAAAGAUAACUGUAUUGCACUAAAAAGACUGUUGUGUGCAGUUAUAUUUUUAUUUGGGAUCCUCGCGUUGUCAACGUUGAAACUAAGAACCUGAACUAAUGGCUGAACAGGCUCAAAGGCCUUCUGACUUACAAUGUAAUUUUUAACAAAACAUAACCCCAAAGAAUUUGGGAGGUCCCUGGGGAGGGACAUGUGAGAGAUGGGAAUCUGAGUGACUGUGUGCAAUGUAGCACUCUAAUCUGAGCGAAGGUUCGUUCUUGUGUAAUGCGUGUAGAGGUGAUGAAAAUAAUUGUAUUGUAUUAUUAAUUUGAAAAGUGAUUUUAUAAGAAAAAACUUAAUUGAUGGAAACUACUGAAGACCUGACAUCUCCUGAAAGGGGUUUUCUGCUUUUUUUCUGUGUUUUUCUUUCCAAAUUGCUAUUUAAAGUGAAGGUGUAGGUGAUUGAAGUAACAUCUUUGGUUCCUGUGCUAUUGCAUUUUCCCCUCUUCAUCUCAGCUUUCCACAUUUCUGCAUUCUUUGGGAAAAAAAACUGGUGAUGAUUAGUCCAGUUUUAUGAAGGAAAUAUUUGACACAGGUAGCAGUUCCUUGAGUUAUUUCUUAGUGAAAGUCCUGACAGUUAUUUUGAAGCUUGAGAAGGGUGGGGGGGCUCCUUUACACUGUAUUAGAUAUUUCAUUAGGUAUGAAUUAAAAAGUAUUAAUAUUUGUAUAUAGCACUUGCAAAAUGGAGAAGCUGUGGUUGAACUUCCAGGUAUUACUGACCAUGUGUACAGAGGAAAUAGCAGAUUCCUUUAAUUGUUAGCAACCAAUGAAAGGAAUGGUAGUUAAUUUGGAUUCAUUGUAUGUCACAUAAUUAAGGUUACCUGAAAUGCCCUCCAUGAACAUAGUUUACACAAGCUGCAAAUUAAACCCAUGAGAGCUUCAUUUUGCCAUUCUAUCUAAUAAAAGCUGUUGUUUUCCUUCCUUGUGAUUGAGGUGUGGUGACAGUGCAAGGCUGCUAAAUGAGAUUUAAGGCAUCACUAGUAAUUGACUAGUAAUGCUUGUACUUCAGUGAGUUAGUUUCCCAUCGUUUGAAUACAGUUCUUCCACCAUUGUGGACUAGGUAGUUUUUUUCAUAAGUUCAUUCGCUUUAAAACCUAACAGUAGGCUGAGUUUUUGUUUUGCUUACAGUUAAAACAAGCCAUAAUUUGCAAAGUAAAGCUGGGCUAAUUAUUCCAGCCAGCAUGGUUGGACAUUUCCAGUGUUGGGAUUUUGAGCUGUAAAAUUGACCAGCACACUUUUGAUUAUGUGCUGUAUUAAUUCUCAAUGACUAAUGUAAUUUAAUUAUAAAUAUAGAAAAAUCUAACAUUAAAUAUAGUUUAAAAAAAGACAUAAGGUUUUUGUUUUUGACUACGAUAUCUUUAUCUACCUCUUUUAAUUUUAACACUUCAAGAAGGCGAGGAUGCUAAGUAUUUAUGUGGCCGUUCUAAACGUUUGUCACCGUAACUUUAAUAUCUGAUUUGACCUCACCCCCUAAGUGACUUCUCGUUGAAGUCUGGAUUCCUUAUUGAAAAUGGUCUCACUGUGAAUCAUCCAUGCAUCCUAUUUAGGCAUCUUUAAACCCAGAUGUGUCAUCUCAUCAGUUUGAAACGCUUCAUCAGAUAUAUAACUGUACUCUAGCCUUUCUGUAAAUUUGCAUUGUUAGAAACUUUCUGGUCACUAAACUUGUCUGCAAAUGCACUGUUCUUGUUAAUUGACCUCGUUAACCUAAAUAUUUUAUUUUCAUCGAUUUUAUGACUAUAAUUUGAAAUAGUCAUGAAAUCCUUACGAAAAUACAUUGUAAGCUUGAUGCAAUCUACUGUAUUGUAGUGUUUUUUGCAGCUUUGAAAUGGGGAGGAAAGGGUUCAAAUAUUUUUUGAAUUUUAAUAUUUCUAUAUUUUUGAGUCAACUCAGACUUCUGUGUCGUGCUGUGCAACACAAUCCUUAACAGCUCUUCUCCAUUAGUGACUUUCACAUUUUGAGUAAAUUUCACUGAACCUUCGGGGGUGUUGAGCACUGCAUUUCUCUCAAAUCCUGGAACGUUGGAGAGUGUCCUUGUGUCCAUUAAUGUGGCUAUAGAAGGUGGUUGCUAAAAGUUUAGCCCUUGAGAAUAUUAAAACACGCUAGAAUUGUACCGUAAAGCCCAUUAAGACAAGGAAGCAUUGGUCCAGCCCAGUUUUUCUGCAAGGAAACUGAAUGCAAAUGUGAGAUUAGAGACAACAGCACCUGAAAUAGUGUAAAUUUCAUUUGUUCAAAAAACAAAGUGCAGAUAUAUAGUUUUGCUGUCAAUUUACAGGGUGUAGUCUGUAUUUUACUACUAUAAAAACAUUUAGAGACCAUUCCUUUUUAAAAAGAAACUUGAUUGAUUGGUCGGUCGGUCAGGUAAAACUUUUCUUUUGGAAAUAGUUUAAUAAUGUACCCAUAAUUGUUGAAUCAACUGAUGAAAAUAAGUAAUUGAGAUUCACAAUUACAGUUGCCCAAUAUGGAUUGCUGUUUCUGUUGGUACGUUGGUUAAGUCAGUGCUAUUUAUUUUUGCCUGGAACACUCCAGUCUUAUUUAUUUUGUGCUUGGUAGUUUUCUUUAGCAUAUUCUGAAAGUCAGAGUAUACAAAGCUUGGAGUAAAUUUUGCACUACAACCUUCAAUUUGAAAUGGCUUUGCUUUGUUUACUUGUGCUUCUCAACCUGGUUCAUCUGCUUUUUGAAUGAUUUCCAGAGUUGUGUCUCCAUGAGUCUUGUGAAGGGAGAGGGGAUUUUUGUAACUUUUUUUGGUGGUGACUGGGUGGUGACUUAGCAAAGGAACUCAUUGCACUUAAUCAGAUCUUUGCUUGAAGUCAAGCGGCCCAGAAAUAGAAAUAGUAUCUUAUCACAGUUUUGCUUUAUUGCACAUAUGGACAGUUAUUUUAAGUCAUCAUUUCUAUAUCCAUUUUUCCACUGAUCCAAGUAAAUCUCAUUUGUUUUGUGUUCAGGACAAACCCUUUCUAUUUUUGAAAUUUCGCACUUACUGAGUUUUGUUGGCAUAGGUUUCAAUAGGAUUGUAAAAUGGUGCAUUAGAAUUUCUCCUGAUGUUUCUGAGAUGCCAACAUGUUGAUUUCCACUUUCUUUUUUAUUUUCUAGUAUUUAUAUACGUAUUCAUGUACAUGUUGUAAUAAACUGCUCAAUGGUUCUCCAGAUGAGCUGGCUCUUAAAAUUUAAUGCAACUUCUUUAGGGAGAAAAUGUUUUUGUUUCUCACAUUUUUUCCAAUUCUAUGAAUGUUGUGAGGCCCUAAUUGGCAGCUUUCUGAAAUUACUUUCAAAAAAUAACAAAAAUAAUAAUAACAAUUUUGGUACUAAAUAAUAAAAUCUUUUGAUUUCCAAGUGAACAUUUUGCUUGUUUAAAUGAAACAUUUGUUCCAGUGUCAAAAUUUCACAUUAUUGCAUUUGAGUAAUUCAUUUAAAAUAACUACUGUAUAGACAAAUACUUUGGAGUAAUGUCAGAAAGUUUUAUUUUGAUGAUUAUUUUUGUCUACAAUUUGCUUUUUAUCUGGUCUCUUGGGCUAUCUAAAAGCAGAACUCAAAUAGGUUGUAAUAAUCAAAUAGGUUAAUUUAAGUAAUAAUAUUGUUUGAUAUUUCUAGUUUAAAUGGAUUGAGAAAAUGAACACUGAAUAUAUUUUGUUCCUCAGGGUGUCUCUAGUUUGAUUUGCCGCUUUAAGUAUGAUUUCUAAAUUUGUAAAUGUCAAAGCCUGUCAGAGAUGUAUUUAUUUCUGUGCAUAUUUUUCAGGUUAGCCAACUGGACAUGCUUAUUCUAGCAUCCAUCCCUUCUAAAAUACUAUAAAUCUGUUUAUUCACAAGAUCCUAUUACUGGCCUUAGUUUGCAAAUUGUUCAUCACAUUCUGUACUGUUAUUGUUGCGGUUUUCCCUUUCUGGAUCUUUUAUACACUUAUGUUAAAAUCGAUGGGAAUAAAACUAUAAAACUUCUGUUUA